AUGCCGUCAGUGGCCAGCGAGGCUUUUGCGACAGCAGAGGGUAGCCUCGACUACCAAGCUCAGGCUAAGGGGCUUGCGAGCACAACGAGGACUGGAAAGAGAUAUCGCCUAUUGAAAAUCGCUAUUGGGGGAGCUGAGCAGGACGACCUGCAUUCUCCGGUAGCUGCGGCACACGAAGCUGUGUUGCGGAGCAACGUUGGCGUUGACCAAAUCAGUGUUGCUCAACCAACGACGAGCCGGAUCGAGUUCUGCAAGAGAGACGAGCAAGGACUGAGCGCUGAGCACCUGGAGUUCAGGCAAAUUUUCAAAAAUGGGCGACUCUCUGGGGUUGGCCCCCUCGUCACUGGCGAAGCCCGCAACUUUCCAGCCGUCAAGGCAUGGAUUGCUCUUCGUUCCUCCGACGCCUCGCAUACCAUUCUUUUCACCCAUUCCACGUUCUUCGCCAAUCUGAAUGGUUACCGAGUCUCAUAUGAAGACCUCAUACUCCUCCCUCACGAAACGACAGGGACAGAAGGACUGGGAGAAACUGGUAUAGGAUCCGAGAAGCGGGGAAGAGUUGACGAGGAAAACCAGAUGAUCGAUAAAAGGAGGAGGACGAGAUGGACGAACAUCAACACUCUUGAUGAUCGAACAAUCAGCGACGUUUUUCGCCUGGCCCCUCCUCCCCUUCGUGCAGCCUUCCUCGAAGCUGGUAUCCCACUCUGUGGUGUUUUCACCCGACCUAUUCCAUUCUGUCCGAUUUCCCGACGUUGCCCAAUCGACAACUGCUACCCAUCUCCAGCCCUGUUGAAGCUCCAACGUCAGGCUUCCACUAAUUCGCCCGCACGGAAUCAACUUUACCUUCACCCAAUCACUCACUCACUAAUCGACCUAGCAUUUGCGCGGUGCACAGCUGUCGAAAACUUGUCGUUCCUGGGUCAUUCGCACGUCUUUCAACUUCGUUGCUUUCUCAACAGCGCCUCACUUUCACGCUUCCCCUUCCUCAUCGGUAAUCCCAGCGGCGGAAUUAGCAGCGACUGUUCCGGAGACCUUGUCCUGGAAGAGUUGUUCGGCCAUCGUUCAUCUCUUUCGAGUUCUAAAGGUCAUCAUGAUCCUCCGAAUUUCAAACCACAUGAACCCCUUUCUGAGGGUUUACGAUGCCUUGUGAACGUCAACUUGACCGGAGCUGGCUCCACAUGGACAUUAAUCACCUUGUCGCACAAACCAUGGAAAUAUUUUGGUUGCACCAGCGGUCAAGUUGCCAGAAUCAGAGAUUUGACAGAUGUGCACUUCGUUGCAGUUGCCCGUACUCCGGGCGGUCCCCGCGUUAGAAGCGCUCUACAGUGUCACCUUGCUCUGUGCACCAGUUCUGGAUCAUGCUCAGUACCGGACGUUUCCCUUGGCUCACGCGACGGGAUUGGAAAAAGAAUAUUCCUGAUUACAUCGUCCGGAAACGAUCGAGCAUUUGUUCCUACGACUACCGAGUACAUCACUGCCAGCGGGAAACAAGUUCUAACGCUGCUACACACUGCAUCCAAUGUUAUACUGGAACCAUUGCUAUAA